AUGACCCUCUACUAUACUAUGUGCUUUGGGCUCCUCAUGAGCGAGAUUGGCCUCUUUGGAGCCAUCAUCGCUCCCAUGCCCUUUGCCAUGCGCAAGCGCAUGAUGCACUUCCUGAGCGAGAACCCCAUUGUCGCCAAGAUCCAGUACGCUCUCAAGAUCACCUUCAUCUUUGUGGCGGUCCUCUUCAUCGAUGCGCUCCAGCGCAUGGUGCGUAUUGCCCAGGAGGGUGCGGCCGCCAAGGCCAAGGUUGAGAUGGCCGAUGUUCGCGCCGAGACCACCUACGCCGCCCGCCGUUUCUACGCCCAGCGUAAUCUCUACCUCACUGGCGCGACCCUGUUCCUGUCGCUCAUCCUCUCGCGCGUCUUCUACAUUCUCCUCGACUUUAUCAACGUCCAGGAGGAGUACAACACCCUCCAGGCCAAGACCGCCAAGGGCUCGGGUGUCGUUGGCGAGAACGAGGAGCUGCGCAAGCGCGUCAAGGAGCUCGAGGGCCAGGUCAAGACCUACCAGGCCGCCGACCGCGACUUUGAGACCCUCAAGAAGCAGGCCGACCAGCAGGCGUCCGAGUACAACCGCCUCGCCGACGAGCACAUCAAGGCCACCGGCGCCUUCUCCAACAAGAAGGCAGACUAG